GCCAAUGGGCAUUCACAAUCCCACGGUCUGCUAGUGCUUCAUCAGCAGCUGCCUUCACCCCGCUUGCAGACAUGGCGUUCAACGGAACCUGGAAGGUCGACCGUAACGACAACUAUGACAAGUUCAUGGAGCAAAUGGGUGUUAAUGUCAUGAAGCGCAAGCUGGCAGAGCACGACAACCUGAAGAUCACCAUCGAGCAGACCGGGGACAAGUUUCAGAUCAAAGAGUCCAGCACCUUCCGCACCAAAGACUUCAACUUCACCCUGGGCGUCCUGUUCGACUACAGCCUGGCUGAUGGCACUGAAGUCUCAGGUAUGUGGGAGAUGGAGGGUGACACGCUGAAAGGCACAUUCACCAGGAAAGACAACAACAAGGUCCUGACCACCACUAGAGCUCUGGUGGGAGGAGAGCUUGUACAGAGUUACAACUAUGAGGGAGUGGAUGCUAAGAGGAUAUUCAAGAAGCAGUAACCUGGAGUCUGAAGUUCAUUUUUUAUUUUUAUAUAGAUGAUAUGAUAUAGAUUGUGAUGGGGGUUUUUUUUCUAUCAAUGAGAUGUGGCUAAGUCAAGCAUAUUCUUAUGGGAUUCUGCUUCAUAUACCUCAAAAAUGUUGACAUUUUCCAGAGUUUUAAGACAGCACUGCACUGUAAUUAUCAAUGUAAAAAUGUCUGGAAAACUAAACAGGUGUUGACACAAACCCAGAAACGAUUUUACACUUUAACUUUACUUAAUUACAUGCAGCAGGGCAGGCAGGUGAAUAAAAUCACAUAAUCAACUGAAAUAUUCAGUGUGAGAGAGGGCGACAACUAACAACAGGAAAACAACCAGUAUCCCAGAGACGGCCAAAGUUUGGUCUUUCUUUGCCCAGAUUUUGAGAUAUUUGUAUCUGAGAUUUAUAUUGCCAUCGUAAUACAAAAGAGGAGGAUGGAAUUUCGUUUGUGUUUCUCCACGCUUUGAAAAAUGUCAUUUAAAUUUAAUUCAUCGGCAGCAUGUCUCUCCUGAAACAAGGUCCUGGUUACUCACGAUAAUCCACAGAACAUGUCAACAGUUUUCAGAGGGACUUCUUCAUUGGUACAAUGUAGUUCCAGUGAAAACUGCUCACAUGUUUAUGGAUUAUCCAAGAUAACGCGUGCAUUGUUUCUAGAAAUAUAUGCAACUGAAUUUUUGAAAUGGCAUUUUCAAUGCUAUGCAAUGCCAAUGGAAAUUCUUCCACCUCUAUAGUAUUGGGAUGGAUGCAGAAAUCUUAGAGAUGAAUAACUCAAAAUAUGAGCAAAAAACAAACAAAAAUAUGAGCUAAUUAGAUACAACUAGUGAUAAGUGAGAUACUGUUUUGUUGUAAUUUGGGUAAACUUACCCUUUAAAUGUCUGCAACAGUAGAGAUGGACCACAGCUUACCUAAACUUGACUUCACCAUACUGUCAACUGCCUCAAAACAACAGCAUUUAGUCCCACGCUAGACUUCAUCAUUGUGAUGGAAAGCAGCCUAAAGCAGCACAGUAAUGAUCCCACACAGCAUGUUAGAUGUUGUCUUUAAACAGUUAGGAAAUACAUUUGCACUAAUGAUUCUUACAUAUUAUAUAGUUUGUAACAAUAAAGCCAUUUUUGUGUGUCA